UUAAAAAUCUGCAAUAUGCCUUUCGACCUUAUCAAAACCACAACCACAAUGCCUUCCUGUGCAAUGCAGGGAAAGAUGUUCUGCAAGUUUUAUGGCAUCUGUGCGACGAUUUGUGAUGGCCAUGUAGAAUGUUCCGAUGGAAGCGACGAGAGAGGCUGUGCAACAACAGCCCCUCCUACAGCAUCUACAACACUUCCAACGACAACUACGGCAGCCACAACAACUACGGCAGCCACAACAACUACAGCAGCCACAACUAAACCUACCACUGUUGUUUCUACAUCGAAGCCACCAACAACAGUAUCAGCCUCACCUACUACCACAUCCUCUCCCACAACAACACCUGUGGCAUCUACGACAACGCCACCAACUACAGUUCCUACGACAACUUCGGUACCAUGUCAGCUGGUUGACACAAUGACCGAUCUAACGGAUGACGAGAUUGUUCCAUCGUCUUUGAAAACUGGCAGUCAAGCGACGGAUGUGCGUCCUGGUGGUGAGGUGUGGACUCCUGCUAAGACUGACAGCUCGCCAAGCAUCACGUUUACUUUUACACACACUCGCGAUAUCCGGAAAGUGCAAAUCACGUCAUUAACAAACGUCCAAGCUUUCAGCCCUACCGUUGUGUCGCCAAAGUCCAAAUUGGAACCUGGAAUGUUUCCUGCAAAUGAAAUCUAUGAAAUUAAGGCUGACGUCGAAGUGAAGUCGCUGACGAUUACGUUUCAUCGAACAAACCCUCAACUAGCUAUGUCAGCUGAGGUCAAGAUAUGGGAAUGCAAGAAGCAAAAGCCAACAACAGCAGCAACGACAACACAGUCAACUGCGACGACAACUGCGAAAACAACUACGGCAGCCACGACAACUACAACAGCCACAACUACAGCAGCCACAACUAAACCUACCACUGUUGUUUCUACAUCCAAGGUACCAACAACAAAAGUAUCAGUCUCCCCUACUACCACACCUUCUCCCACAACAACAACUGUUCCAUCUACGACAGCAGUUCCAACGACAACUACGGCAGCCACAACAACUACGGCAGCCACAACAACUACAGCAGCCACAACUACGGCAGCCACGACAACUACAACAGCCACAACUACAGCAGCCACAACUAAACCUACCACUGUUGUUUCUACAUCCAAGGUACCAACAACAAAAGUAUCAGUCUCCCCUACUACCACACCUUCUCCCACAACAACAACUGUUCCAUCUACGACAGCAGUACCAGGUGUUUGUGAAGAUCAGCUUAAUGUAAAAGCCGAACAAUUCAAAGCGAGCUCUGGUUCGGCAGCAUCUGCUGUUCUGAGUCCCUCAUCAUCCGGUUGGUCUCCAGCCACUGAAAACGAAGAGUUAGUUAUCGAUUUACAAAGAAUGAUUGAUGUCACUGGAUUGAUUACUGAAAGCAGUCUGACUCGGUUGAAGAUUCUCUACAAAAUGGGAGAGAUAUGGAAAGCAUACACUGAAUCCAGCAACGCCAUAGCUUCGUUGAAAAACUCACCUGGUAAAAUUUAUCUAAAACCUCCGAUACGAACCACAAAACUGAAAAUUGUUCCACAGACCGCAAUGAAAUUAGACCUAAAGAUUGACGUAAUGGGAUGUAAUGCCUCUUACUGGUCUGAAUGGUCUCCUUGGUCAAAUUGUUCAUCAGACUGUAAUGCGCAGAAGCAAACUAGGACGAGAAUAUGCAAUGUUGUAUCUACCGGACUUAAUAAGCCCUGCGAAGGAAACUCUACCGAAACCAAAACCUGUGUCAGUAAACUAUGUCAAUGCACUUACGUUGUCAAUAAUUUGACUGGACUUGCAUAUAUUGAAAAGGAUGGCAAGCCAGGAUAUACAAAUAUAACUGAAAAACUUCAUCAAGGGGACAUAUUAGAAGAUGGAGUACAAUUUUUCCAAGACUGCAACACAUGCACAUGUCAUCGUGGAGUCAUAGCUUGUACAAGAAAAGCCUGCCUCAACUGUGCUUACACUGUGUGGUCCGAAUGGUCGAAAUGCAGUUCACCUUGUGAUAGUAACACGCAAACAAGGACUCGUGUGAAAUUGACGGGCAUAGGAAAAGAAAGUUGCAAUAAGGAGCUUACGGAAACUAAAACGUGUAAUAAAACGUCUUGUGAAGCUGUUUGCCAGCUUCGCAGUCGAGUUGGUUACAUCACAGACAGUGCUGGAUGCGCAUCUGAUAACAUAGCUGAUACAUCGUACUGUAGUGGUCUCUGUGGAGAAAGCUCUUCGGUGCCGAGACUUAUGGAAGAUGCAAACGGUAUCAUAACAAUGACUAAUGACUGCAAAUGCUGUACAGGUAAAACUGGAUCUCAAAUUUCGGUGCCGAUGACAUGCGCAAAUGGCUUGAAAAAGACAGUAUACGUCCGUCCGAUGGUUUCAUGCAGUUGUAAUAAAUGCAUGAGUUAGCAAACUCAUCAAAAUCUGGGCUAAAUACAUCCAUUCCAGUUUUUUCUCUUCCUAUUUAUUAUAACUAUUGUCGUCACUUAAUUAUUACUAGUAUAACAUGAUAUAAUACAAAAUAGUAUAAUAUUAGAAAAAAUAAAUAUAAAAUAUAAUUUAAUUUGAUUUAGCGUUAAAAAAAAAUGCCAAAUAGUGAACGUCGAAGAGUUAGAUAUUGUACUAACGCGAAAGUAUGAUACCAAUAUUUUUCACUUCACUUUAAGUUGUACAUUAUUUUUUUUAAAACAAACAUAGAAUAUAAUAAUACAACCAAAAUCCUGAAUAAAAACAUGCAGUGAAAACAU